AUGGACACAUCGUCAAAGACGUGGCUGCCACAUCAGAGUCAGUUUGGGUUGGUUGGUCAAGCGGAGGUUUGCUGUGGCGGACCUGGAGUUUUAACCCCAAACCAAUCUCGCAGGGCAAGUUUUGCCUCUGUUAGACAGUCAAGCAUGGAAACCCCUCCUAAUGCCACACCACAGCCCUUCAGACAGCCGAGUUUUCUCAACCGAAGGCUGAAGGGCUCCAUCAAGAGGGCCAAAAGUCAACCCAAACUGGACCGGACCAGCAGUUUCAGGCAAAUGAUUUUACCCCGCUUUCGAAGUGCUGAUCAAGAAAGGACUCGGUUGAUGCAGAGCUUCAAAGAAUCCCAUUCCCAUGAGUCCCUACUCUCUCCUAGCAGUGCAGCAGAAGCUUUGGACCUAGUACUGGAUGAAGAAGCUGUUAUCAAACCUGUCCAUUCAAGCAUUUUAGGACAAGAGUACUGCUUUGAGGUGACCACCAGUUCAGGGACAAAAUGUUUUGCUUGUCGUUCAGCUUCAGAAAGAGACAAAUGGAUUGAAAAUCUGCAACGAGCUGUCAAACCUAACAAGGACUCCUCAUUUGGCUUUCAGGAUAACAGCAGACGGGUGGAAAAUGUGCUCAAGUUGUGGAUCAUUGAAGCUCGAGACCUUCCAGCUAAGAAACGCUACUAUUGUGAGCUGUGUCUGGAUGACAUGCUGUACGCACGCACCACCAGCAAACCCCGCACCGACACCGUCUUCUGGGGCGAGCAUUUUGAAUUUAAUAAUUUGCCUACCAUUCGUAGCCUUCGUUUACAUCUCUACAAGGAAACAGACAAAAAAAGGCGCAAGGAGAAAAGCACAUACCUUGGCCUUGUCAGCAUCCCCAUCUCCAGCAUCACAGGCCGACAGUUUGUGGAGCAGUGGUAUCCUGUGAUUCAGUCCAGUGUUUUGGCCAAAAGUGGGGGAGUUGGAAGUGGCAAAGUCAUCAAUGCCUCGCUGCGUGUUAAGUCUCGCUACCAGACGAUGAACAUCCUCCCGAUGGAGCUGUACAAAGAGUUUGCAGAGUACAUCACCAACAACUACCGUACACUGUGUGCUGUUCUGGAACCGCUGUUAAGUGUGAAAAGCAAAGAGGAGGUGGCAUUUGCCCUGGUGCACAUCCUUCAAAGCACAGGGAAAACUAAGGAGUUCCUGUCUGACAUGGCAAUGUGCGAAGUGGAUCGAUUCAUGGACCGUGAACAUUUGAUCUUUCGGGAGAACACACUGGCUACAAAGGCUGUGGAAGAGUACCUCAAACUGAUAGGUCACAGAUACCUCAAGGAAGCUAUAGGUGACUUCAUUCGAGCCUUAUAUGAGUCUGAAGAGAACUGUGAGGUGGACCCCAUGCGUGUCCCUCCGUCAGUCCUCGCCGACCACCAAGCAAACCUUCGCAUGUGUUGUGAGCUGCUGCUCUGUAAGAUCAUCAACUCUCUCUGCAUAUUUCCCCGGGAGCUGAAAGAAGUGUUUGCCUCGUGGAGAGCCAGAUGUGCUGAGCGUGGAAGAGAAGAUCUUGCCGACAGCCUCAUAAGCUCCUCCCUUUUUCUUCGCUUCAUGUGCCCGGCCAUCAUGUCCCCCUCCCUGUUCAACCUGAUGCAGGAGUACCCAGCUGAGCGCACUUCCCGCACACUCACCCUCAUAGCCAAAGUGAUGCAGAACCUGGCCAGCUUCAGCAAAUUUGGACCUAAGGAGGAGUACAUGUAUUUUAUGAAUGAAUUCCUGGAGAUGGAGUGGGGCUCCAUGCAGCAGUUUCUCUAUGAGAUUUCCAACAUGGACACUGGAGGAAACGCUGGGGGCUUCGAGGGCUACAUUGAUCUGGGCAGAGAGUUGUCCAUGCUCCAUAGCUUACUGUGGGAAGUCAUGGGCCAGCUUAGCAAGGAUGCGAUUCUGAAACUGGGACCACUACCACGUCUGCUGAAUGACAUCAGCGUUGCUUUGAGGAACCCUCAGCUCCAUAUGCCUACCAAUCAUCAGCCUGACCGACCCAAGGACCGACUUUUCUCACGACCGUCCUUUAACCGCCUCAUGUCAUCUGAUUUCCAGAGCCUUAUGAUGCGUGACUUAAACAGCUCCAUAGACAUCUCUCGCCUCCCGUCCCCAACCACUGGAGUGUCAGCAGUCGAAUCCCUCUCAUCCAACCUCAAUAUGCGACGCCAUGCCGAGCGAGACCUCCGCUCUUCGAGGGAGGUGUUCUACGUUACUCGUCCACCGCUGGCUCGAUCCAGCCCAGCGUACUGCACCAGCAGCUCGGACAUCACAGAACCCGAUCCAAAGGUCCACAGUGUUAAUAAAAGCGUCUCCAUGAUGGACCUGCAGGACUCUCGUAUGAACAGCAUCUCCAACCUGAACUCAGUAGGAGACAUGCUCACCUCCUCUCAAGCCUCUAUCGCCGGCCUGGGCCACAGCUUCGGAAACCUCGGGGGUCCCCUUCGAAUGGGAGGGCAUAUGCCCGGCGGCUCAGCGGGCUCCGGUCUGAGGCUGAGCCAGAUGGGCCACAUAGGAGGACCCACCGAGUCCAUAUCUCAACAGCAGCAGCAGGCAGCGGCGGCCAUGAACUUCCCCCUGUCCUUCCAGAACCCUCUGUUCCAUCUGGCGGCCCAGAACUCCCCGGCUCAGUCUCAAGCCCCUCCUCCUCCUCCUCUGCUCCUGGCUCCAGAGCCUGAGAACGGACACCAUGACUACCCGCCCACUUUUGGCAACAGCGCUUUCUCCCGCAGCGAGGACUUGUCGGCCCUGCGGUCACAGAGCAGUCUGGUGCAGCCCAGCAUUGUCCACUCCCACAGUUACAGCGAUGAUUUCACCCGGCAGAAUCAGAGCAACGACUACGCCUGGCACCAGCUGUCACUGCAGGUGCAGGAGAGGAGUCCUCCAGCAGCAGCACCUGAUGGAGUCACCUCUCAGACGGCCACUGGGACGGGCACCCCGGCUUCUUUAGCCACGCCUCCUACUACUGUUCACCCAGUUCGUCAGACAUCCAUCGCCCAGCAGCACCUCAAGUCACAGCGCUCCAUUAACACCCCGGCCACUGCCACGCCUCCAAAGGUUCGUCCCCAGAGUAGAAACCUCCUCCUCGACUCCAGCGACGCCAGCUUCAGCGGCAGUCAGCCUAAAACACGACAAGCUCAGCAGCAGCAGCAGCAGGUGCAGCAGCAAUCACAGCAGCAACAGCAACAGCAGCAACAGCAGCAGCAACAGGAAACACAACUCUCAGUCACAGACAGUCCAGCUCCUGGGCUCCCAUACCAGACCAGCUCUGCCAAAGAAAACCAGGGCCCGCCGGCUGCGGCAGACGAGUCUACAGACACACCCACCAAAAGCACCAAGAAGCCUCAGUCCCAGCUGCAGCCUCCCCAGCAGCAUCUGCUCAAACCUGUGGCCAAUAAACAGGGUUCUCAGUCCAACUUGACCACCACAGCCCUCAAUGAGCGGACAGUGGCCUGGGUGUCCAACAUGCCACACCUGUCUGCCGACAUCGAGAGCCUGCGGCCCGACCGUGAGGGGCAGCUGAAAGAGUACUCCAAGAGCAUGGACGAGUCACGACUAGAGAGGGUGAGAGAGUAUGAAGAGGAAAUCCAUUCUUUAAAGGAGCGGCUGAAGAUGUCUCAUCGCAAGCUCGAAGAAUACGAGCAGCGGCUUCUAACACAGGAGCAUCAGACAAACAAGAUCCUGCAACAGUAUCAGAACCGCCUGGAGGACAGCGAACGGCGCCUAAAGCAGCAGCAGCUGGAGAAGGACUCGCAAAUCAAAGGCAUCAUCAACAGACUCAUGGCUGUGGAAGAUGAGCUGAGAGGGGGUGCCAUUCCUGAUAUUAAGCCUCGAAUCCUCACAGACCAGUCUAUCAGCCAGGGCUUUGGCCACCCAGGAUCCUGA